UUCAUCUGAAAGAGACAUGAAUGGAAUUUUGCAUGAAUCUCUGGAGAGCAAAGAUUCUGGUAGUCCAUCUCAGCCUCUCUACUUUUUACCAUCCAAGAGCAGUCUAUCUAAAUCCCAAAAGAAGAUUGUUGAAGAAAGAGUGCAAGCUAUCAAAUCCGAAGUUCCCAUUUAUGUAGCAAUCAUGAGGCAGUUCAGCCUUGGGAUCUCUCGGAAACCUGUACUAGAAUUAGGUUCGCGAUAUGCUACUGCUGUGAAUCUCCCAAAUGGAGAGCAAGCUGUGGUGCUCUGGUGCGGGAGAAAUAUAUGGAAGGCCAGUAUGGUGACAUAUCGUCAAAGGCAUUAUCUUUGUGGAGGUUGGCACAAAUUUGUUCGUGACAAUGAUCUAAGUUUAGGUGAUAUCUGUCUGUUUGAACUGAAGAGGAACGAGAGGGAACUUACCAUGAUGGUCCACAUCAUUCCCAUGAAGGAGCUUUAGUUUGUAGUAUGGUAUAGAAGGAAAUGGUGACCUUUUCUUUGUGCUGGCACCCUGUGUUUUGUUAUUUUGUAGUACUUUGAAAUAAUCUAUGGUUGUCGUCGAAUUAUCUGUGCA